UAAAAUUUCAAUGCGUUCAUAUAUUCAGAUAUAAGUUGUAGGCACAAUAGUUGGUGUUUAUUUUCCAAAUAUUAAACGAUUUUUGCAAAAUUAAAAAAACAAUUUCAAGAUGGGGUGUGUAUGUGAACUUGCAACUUCUGUUGUGCGCUUAGUACUCUUUGUUUUCAACUUUUUACUUGUGGUCAGUGGAAUUGCAUUCAUAACAUUAGGAGUUGUAUAUAAAAAUGAUGCAGAUAAAGUUCUGGAAGUUAGUGACAGUGAUGUUGCAGUAGCACCAAUAUUUUGUAUUGUAUUGGGCUCAAUAAUAUUUAUUAUCUCAUUCUUUGGAUGUUGGGGUGCAUUCAAUAAAAAUACUUGCAUGUUGAGAACGUAUGCAAUUUUGUGUGGUAUAAUACUUAUUUUAGGGAUUGUAGUAUGUGUUUACGCUUUUAAAGUGGUGGAUAAUGAUGAUAUAACAAAGAGUAUCAGAACAAGUUUCGACGAAAUGAUUAAAAAAUAUGAUAAUGAUAAAGAUUCGAGAAUAGUUGUCGAUAAUAUCCAAUCAUACUUCAAAUGUUGCGGUAGUACAAGUCCUGCCGAUUAUAAAAAUAACACGUUACCAAACAGUUGUUGUGGAAUUUCAAAUUCUGAUAAGGCUGAACAAUGUAAAUUGGGGCAGGAUAAUGUUUAUACGGGAGGAUGCGUCAAAUUGCUGUCAGACGCAAUUAAUACAAUAGGAACAGUGCUUGGAUGGGUUGCCAUAGUUAUUGGUUUAAUUUUGUGUACUGGAAUAUUCUUUGGUCUAUGCUUAUCAUGUAGAAAUUGAUAAAUUUUAUCCAUUGGAGAAGUUUGAAAGAUUGCGAGUCGCUGUUUUGUUGUACUUAAGACGUCCAUAUAUAAUUGUGUGAAAAUUUUCAUGACAAGGAAUAACAUACUAUUGUAAUCAUAACAUAAAAUAAUUUCGCAAGAAAUGUGAUAAAAAUCUACUUGCAAUUGUUAUUGUAUUCUAAUUUUUUUAAAUAUAAUUUUUUU